AUGAAACAAGUGCUCGACCUCUUUACAAUCGUCAUGCUUAUGAUUCUAGAACUUCAAUUCAUCAAACUCAAUAGUUAUCUCCACUUUCUAGCUCUACGGAUAGAAAAAGAAAUAUUAUCUUCGACAUCGCAAGAGCAACCUAUGCGUAACAAAUUCGCUCUUCGACAGAAAGCAACAGCGCACGACACCGUACCUAUGCUGUGUUUUGAAGACAUCUCGUCGGACAUGAAAGCGACGCUGCUCCCUGUUGAUCUUGAUCAUCAUGGAAGUAGUUUAUGGCCACAAGAACGUAGCUUGAUUCCUUAUCCUUUCUAAUUGAGAAGAAUCCUGCGAGUGGCGUCUCACUAAUAUCCUUGAAAGAACGAAACUGCCACGAAGCCGAGUGUUACUGAUACUGCGUAACUACAAAGCGUAAUACGGCGGCCGGAUAGAAGAAGUUGUAAUACGGCGGCGGCUGGAUAGAAGGAGAAUAUGAAAAGCGAUCGCGCUCCUGGCCUUGUUCUGAUGUUGUUUCGGCGAUCUUCACAAGUAGAAGUAGAAGUUGUGAUGUGGUUUUUCUGGUGGUGGUGGAUCGUCCAUGCACGCCGCAAUGUGCAGGCUCUACCUUUGUGAUGAUCAAGCGAUGAAGAAGAUCUUCUAGUACAAGCCGGAGAAGUGCUUCUAGUCAUACUCGACGGAGAUACAAUGGA